ACCUGUUCUUCGUUAUUCGUUUUAUUCGAAAAAAAACGUUUGAGCGUGGCGCACGUUGCGAUUCCUCCGACUGGUGUGUACUCCCCGUCGAACCCUGUGGAAAAUCUAUACUAUCUUAAUCGUAGAGCAGCACUCACACUCGCACACGCCCCCCGCAAAAUAACACACACACACACCAACACACUGCCAACAGAGAUCCCAAACAAGUGUUGUUGCCGCAUCACCGUUCUUGUUGUUGCUCGACCGCUAAAAUGCUGAACGCUGCAGCGCUUUUGUUGGCGCUGCUCUGCGCCGCGAAUGCAGCCGAACCCGAUUUGGCGGACAAAUUACGCAAUGACUCGGAACUCUCUCAGUUCUACAGCCUGCUGGAGAGCGAUCCCAUUGCCAACUCGACGCUUUCGCUGCGCAGCUGCACGAUCUUUGUGCCCACCAAUGAAGCCUUCCAGCGCUACAAGAGCAAAACCGCCCAUGUGCUCUAUCACAUAACCACUGAGGCGUACAACCAGAAAUCACUGCCGAAUACCGUGUCAUCGGACAUGGCCGGCAAUCCGCCGCUGUACAUCACAAGGAACACGAAUGGCGACAUAUUUGUGAACAAUGCUCGGAUCAUACCCUCGCUCAGUGAGGAGAGGAACAGCAAUGGCAAGCGACAGAUCAUGCACAUUAUCGACGAGGUGCUGGAGCCGCUCACGGUGAAGGCUGGCCAUUCGGAUACUCCGAAAAAUCCGAGUGCUUACAAUUUCCUGAAGAAUGCCGAGGAGUUCAACGUAGACAACAUCGGCGUGCGUACUUACCGCAACCAGGUGUCGUUGGAAAAAAAGGAGUCAAUGUUUGAGGCCGCCGGACAGCACACCUUCUUGGUUCCCGUUGAUGAGGGCUUUAAGCUUUCGGCUCGCAGUAGCCUGGUGGACGCCAAGGUCAUCGAUGGCCACGUGAUACCCAACACUGUCAUCUUUACUGCCGCUGCCCAGCACGAUGAUCCCAAGACUUCCGCCGCCUAUGAGGAUUUGCUCAAGGUCACCGUCAGUUUCUUCAAACAGAAGAACGGCAAAAUGUACGUAAAGUCUAACACUAUUGUGGGUGAUGCCAAGCACCGCAACGGAGUGGUUCUCGCCGAAAUCGUCAAGGCUAAUAUUCCAGUGAGCAACGGGGUCAUCCAUUUGAUCCACCGACCGCUGAUGAUCAUCGACACGACGGUCACCCAAUUCCUGCAGUCGUUCAAGUUCAUGAACGAGAAUGCUGAUAACGGGCCCCUGCGGAAGUUCUACGAAGUUAUCAUGGACAAUGGAGGAGCAGUUUUGGACGACAUUAACAAUCUGUCGGAAGUGACCAUUUUGGCCCCCAGCAAUGAAGCAUGGAACUCUUCCAAUAUCAACAAUGUUCUGCGAGACCGCAAUAAGAUGAGACAGAUCUUAAACAUGCACAUAAUCAAGGACCGCUUGAAUGUGGAUAAGAUCAGACAGAAGAAUGCCAACUUGAUUGCCCAGGUGCCCACUGUCAACAACAAUACCUUUCUCUACUUCAAUGUCCGCGGUGAGGGAUCGGAUACCUUAAUCACAGUUGAAGGUGGCGGCGUUAAUGCUACCGUUAUCCAGGCUGACGUAGCCCAGACCAAUGGAUUUGUUCACAUUAUCGACCAUGUCCUGGGCGUGCCGUACACAACAGUGCUUGGCAAAUUGGAGUCCGAUCCCAUGAUGAGUGACACCUACAAGAUGGGCAAGUUCUCCCACUUCAACGACCAGCUGAACAACACUCAACGCCGAUUCACCUACUUCGUGCCCAGGGACAAGGGCUGGCAGAAGACCGAGCUGGAUUACCCAUCAGCUCACAAGAAACUGUUCAUGCAAGACUUUGCCUAUCAUUCCAAGUCCAUUCUGGAACGCCAUUUGGCUAUCUCGGAUAAAGAGUACACCAUGAAGGAUCUGGUCAAGCUCUCGCACGAAUCAGGCAGCGUUGUUCUACCCACAUUCCGUGAUUCACUGAGUAUCCGUGUGGAGGAGGAGGCUGGACAUCUCCAUGAUGAGUAUGCUAGUCACGAAUGGACUGGCUAUGUGAUCAUCUGGAACUACAAGAAGAUUAAUGUUUACCGGCCCGAUGUGGAGUGCACCAACGGAAUCAUCCACGUCAUCGACUAUCCGCUUCUAGAGGAGAAGGACGUGGUUGUGGCCGGAGGUUAGACAUUGUAACUAGCGUAACCAACCAAAACCCGAGCGUUAAGUCGAACACACACAGAAAUGUACUAUCCCCAAAAGAAAACCAAGCGAACUUGCAUUCCUAUCAGCAGUACACACUGUCUCAACUUUCACCACCACCCACUUAGGAACUCAGUCGAGAGCGAAAACCCAGUUGUGGCAGUCGCUUCACGUAGUUGCUAUUUCCCGAUACGAUCGGAACUUUCCGGCAGUCUUAUCUUUAGUAGGUGGUAUAGUUUCGUUUGGUGCAGUGCAGUGCCGUAGCAGCUAAGUGAAAAUGAAUAUGAGAUCGAAAAUGAAUAUAAAAUCGAUAAUGUAGAAAUGAAUACGCUAAUGAAAUGUACACGUAAGCUUUAAAGAAUCGCUGGAGGAGCGCGGAUCGGAGGAUAUAGGAGGAAGAACCGCAUUGCAAUCGCAAUAUGUGUCCGUAGUCAGUAGUUACACGUUAAGCGGCGUCUUAACGUGUAACUAGUGCCUUACUAAAGAUAAAAAACGCAUUACCUUAACCUUUAUACAAAUUUACUCGAAACAUACUUGUACCCCAAACAUACGUUCCGCUUCGAAAGAUAUCCAGAUAUAUAAGGAGGUACACCCAACAAUACAAGUAUAACUACAAAUGAUAUUGCGCCACACGCUAUUUACACCAAAAUACACCAAACAAAUCGAGAAAUGCAUAUUUUUCAUAUAUUUAAUUGUCAGAAUAAUAUAACGUAUAUGUAGUUUAUUUACUGUAAAACUCAAAAAUCUUAAAAAAAGGAAAUUAAAUCACAAAUAUUGAUGUAUAUUUAGCCAUUGAUUUUCGAAGCAAGCGUUAGACACGGGAAUAUAUGAAUAAAUAUAUAUACAACAAUAUGCGAAACCAAGCAAACUAUGGAAAACUGCAGUGCAAAAGAAUAUUAUUCCAUUUUAUUUUACGACAAGCGCUUUUUACAAAUAAACCGAAUCCAUUUCAAUUA